AUGUGUCAUAAAAUGAUGAAUAAAUUCCAACAAAGACUUCAUCAUACAACCUCAACCCCAUUAUUUAAGACUUGUGUUUAUUUUUCAAAUUGGUCUGUUUAUCAGAAGAAGCAUUUCCCACAAGACAUACCAAUUGAAUACUAUACCCAUAUAUUUUAUGCAUUUAUACUUAUUGAUGAACAAACUGGGAAAUUAAAAUUUAGUGAUGAAUGGUGUGAUUUACAAAUGCCACAACCAUCACCCAAUCAAUCAAUUACAGGCAAUUUGCAACAAUUUUAUGAAAUGAAAAAGAAAAAUCGUCAUUUGAAAUUAAUCAUGUCUAUAGGUGGAUGGGGGACAUGUCAUUUAUUUGAAAGUGUGGUGUCCAAUGAUACCAAAUUUGAUAAUUUUGUUAAUAGUACGAUUGAAUUUGCUGAGAAAUAUGGAUUUGAUGGGGUUGAUAUAGAUUGGGAAUACCCUAAAAAUUCAACACAAGCGGCCAAACUAGUUGAACUUUUGGCUCGAUUAAGAAAUAAAUUAAAUUCAAAAUAUAUUAUCACGGUAGCGGCUCCUGGUGGUAGUGAUAAUAUUGAAAUUUUGAAGAUUCAAGAAAUGGAUAAAUAUUUGACAUUUUGGAAUUUAAUGUGUUAUGAUUUUGCUGGUGAAGGCUGGUCUUCGAAAACUGCUUUCCAUUCUAAUUUAUUUGGUAAUAAUGGGGAUAAUUCAUUGAAUGCAUCUGAUGUUGUCCAAACUUAUAUUAACAAGGGAGUUCAUCCAACAAAAUUGAUAUUAGGGAUGCCAAUGUAUGGAAGAAUAUUUCAUGGUGUUGAUCGACCAGAAAUUGGUAUUCCUUUUACAAAAGAGAGAAAAUCAGGUUGUAUAGAAGCUGAUGUUGUGGACUAUAACAAAUUUGGUGAUACAUUCGAUUAUGAAGAUUUUGAUCCACGCAAAGUGGGUGCAUUAAAAUAUGAUUCUCAUAGUAAGCAAUUAAUCACAUUCGAUAAUCUCCAGUGUGCUAGAAUAAAAGCUAGCUUUAUACAACUGAGACAAUUGGGUGGUGGGAUGUGGUGGGAUUCUGCUGGUGAUGUUUCAGUGACAAAUGAUGGAUGUUUGGUAAAGAAUUUUGUUGAUCAACUAGGUGGUGUGGAAGUACUUGAAAAAUCAGCAAAUAACCUCCAUGGUUGUUAA